AAAAUGAUCCAUGGGAAAAAUUUGGAUCUGUAAUCAUUGAUAAUUCUAUUGAGGAACUAAGCUCAUGUUCUAAUAUACAAAAUAUAGAAUUAAUUGAAAGAAAUACUAAUGAAAUAGAAUUAAA